UGCGGAGCCAGCUGUUUUGAAACAGGCAGCAUCUUUAUUGAUCCUCGAGCCGGUGUUCGGGAUUCUAACAGAUUCUAAUUGCGAGCAUCGCCGCCGAUCAUCGAUGAUCGCGGAUGACCAAUCGCUGACUGGUGCCAACAUGGCUGCCAGUGCACUGCCUGCUCGUCCUCUCGUGACAUCGCCCUUUGUCUGGACGGCGCUUUUCUAAUUCGACGCACGAAAAGCGGGAAGCCUUGAUCGGGAGACCGAGGAGACAGAGAGAAGAGAAGAGAGAGAGAGAGCGAGCGAGCUUUAAAUGGAACGGCGAAUUUCAAUGGAAGACUUCAGCUAACAAAAAUGUCAACCCGGUCGCAACUCACGAAGGAUUUAAACGAAUCGGUGAAAGCGUUACUUGGCAAGCAUGUGAAAAUUUUGUUGAAAAACGUGGUGAAAUUGGAAACGAAGCAGGACAAGCUAGAGAACCGUGUUCUCGUGUUUUCGCCAUGUCGCCUCUUUCUCUUAUCGGCCAAAGUACCCACAAGAAUCGACUGCCAUUUUCAUUACCUAGAAAUAACGGCUAUAGAAUCGAGAAGAGCAAAUCAGCUAUGUUUGACAGUUGGAGAACGAUUUUACAACUUUACUACAAACAGCGUAGGUGGGGAUACCACGGAAGUGGAUGCCAUGAUAGAGGCCUUACACACGGCAAUUCGAAAUAUCUUUCCUACAGUACCAUUAAAUUACAUUAUACGAAAAAUAGAAGUCAUACCAGCUAGCAGAUUACAAAGUAUACGAGGGAGCGAGUUAGCUAGAAGCACAGAAGCCACGAGACAUACAGGACCGUGUGGUGGUUUUUCUACUCAGUAUGCAUGCAUGUGUGACUUGCAUGGUGUACCAUACAGAGAGGAAGUGGCAUGGGAUGUUGAUACAAUAUAUCUUUCGCACGACACCAGAGAAUUGAAUCUGAGAGACUUUGAUCAUUUGGAUCAGAAGGAUUUAGUGCCAAUUAUCUCGGCCUUGGAAUACAAUACUUGGUUCACAAAAUUAAGGGCGUCUCAUCUUAAAUUAAGCCACGAGCCUCUAGAGAGAUUGUUACACGUUAUGCGAAGAUCUUUAUCCAUUCAAGAACUCUAUCUAGAUAAUCUCGGGAUUAAAUGGGAUUUCGCUCACAAGCUGUCAUUAGCCCUAAUUUCUAAUGCUAAUACGAUGCUGCAUACAAUAGAUCUAUCGCACAAUAUGAUUGAGGAUAAAGGAGCCUCUAGCUUGUGUGGGAUAAUAGCCAAGUUAAUGCAAGGUGCUACACAUCUGAGCGGUCCUAUCGGCAAGUUGCCUAAAGGUUUACAAAAAUUGAAUUUGGCCCAUUGUGGAUUAACUAGCAAAGGUAUAGGCCAAAUAGCGCACGCGUUAAGCUUGAAUAGGAGCAUGCCGACUAGCUUACGGUAUCUGAAUCUUUCGGAGAAUACCUUGAAGGAUGACGUUAACAGUUUGUGCAAUUUCUUGGCGCAACCUAAUAGCUUAACACAUCUAGAUCUUAGUGGUACAGAUACAACUUUAGAGUGUCUGUUUGGUGCAUUAUUACGGGGUUGUGCAACUAAUCUAGUCCACCUGAACGUCGCCCGAAAUUCUUUUUCGAGCAAGAAAACCAAAGAGAUACCUCCGAGCUUUAAGCAAUUCUUCACGGCAACUCUCUCGCUCAAGUACUUAAAUAUAUCUUCGUGCAAACUACCGUUGGAAGCAUUGAAGCACUUGCUACUUGGCUUGGCCUGCAACGAAAGUACAGUUGGCCUAGAACUUGACAUGAGCGGAAACAAUUUAAGUUCCAUGGGCGCACACGUUUUGGAGUCGUGCAUUCACGGCGUUCGAUGUAUAGCGUCAUUGGAUAUAUCAGACAGUAACAUGGAUGUCGAUUUGGCACAAGUUAUAACGGCCAUAGGUAAAAACAAAUCGAUCAAACAGCUGUACAUGGGACGCAAUACCGCCAGCAUGAAGAGCAAGCACAUAGCCGUCGUGAUGGACGCUCUGGUGCAGAUGCUUCAGGAAGACGACUGCGUGCUUCAAGCGUUGCACCUGCCCGAUUCGAGAUUAAAGGGCGAUCUCUACAACCUGAUCAACGCUCUCGGCAGCAACACGUGUCUUCAUACCUUGGACAUCAGCGGUAAUCAGAUAGGGGAUCCUGGCGCAAGAUUACUGGCGAAAGCGCUGCAAAUUAACAAUCAUUUACGGACUAUUAUAUACGACAAGAACAACAUCACGUUGCAAGGCUAUGCGGAUAUUGUUCACGCUCUAGAGAAAAACUGUAGCGUGCGGCACAUGCCAUUUCCGAUUUAUGAUCUGCAGCCUUGCAUGAAGACCUCCGCGGAGAAGACGGAGCAGUUGGGCAAGAAGAUACAGGAUCUGCUGCAGAGAAACGUCACGCCGUGUAAAUACAGCCACGGACAAGCGUUCAGAUUGCAGCAGGGAUUUCUGUUGAGCUCCACGCAACAGAUGGUCGACAGACUUGUCGUCCAAACCCAGGAUACUAUUAAAGCCCUCGCGGCGGAGAGUUGCGACGCUAACAAUGAUAUCAAUUACGCGACCGGGCUUAUACAAGACGCGGAUAAUUCUAAACAGCUAUUGCCGAGAUUACACGAGGUGCUCCAAAGACGGGACGAGAAUAAUCCGAUUGAGCUAAAGUUACAUGAUAUGGCGAAUGAAAUUCACAAAGUUGUCACGGUGUAUCUACAGGAUUCUUUGGACGCGAUGUUGAAGUGCGCGAACGAGCAAUGUCCCACUAUACUUUCGCAAACGGUGAUCAAGGGCGACGAGAGUGAACCGAUCGCAGUGCAGGAUGAUCUUCGUAAUACCUGCAAAGAGAAAAAUCAAAUCAACAAUGAAUUCAUACAUACCACCGUUACUGAGCAAGCUGGCGCGGAUAUCGUUAACAGAGUCAACGAGCUUAACUUGGCAGUUGCGGCGCAUAUAUCCGACAGAAUUACGGACGAAGUAAUCGAGUCGUUGUCAAGAAGUUAUAAGACUCUGAUUGGCGAUUGCGAUAGUCGUACGAGGAGCAGUACACCAGACGUUUUACGACCCAGCGCCGGCUCGAUGAGCAGCGGAAGUGUAAUAGGCGUGACUAGCGCGAGCGGCAUGUCUAUGACUCUACCUCCUGGCAGAUCCAGUCUCGUGUCCGAAGAGGACACGCCGGAAACGUGCUCAUUGGCAAAUUCCAUCGGUCCAUGCGAUCAGUCACCAAUGAAAUUGGAUUAUCUUAAUCUGGCGACUCCACAUUUGUCGAAUAAACGUAAGAGUCUGCAUGGAAGGAAGUUGAGACCCAAGUCCGUGGUAGAUUCUGUCGAAGGACUAUCUGCCGAUGAUAUUCCAGAUCUCUUACCGUCAUUGCCGAAGAGUCAAGCGGAAGCCAUCUCAGAAACCGAGCACUCGUUGACAGAGUCAUUAGACUCCGUCUCGGAAUUGCCCAAUACUGUGGGCCAACAGUUGCAGCAUCUAGUGAAGUCCAGGCCACGCAGAACGAAAACGCGAGCACCUACGAGACCGAUGUUGAGACCGGAUCAACCGAUUGACGGUCUUGCUCUGGGCGAGGGUCUCGAUGUAUUUUUCCGACCCACUACACCGACCACACCUUUAAUAUCACCUACGAGCGAUGACAGCUCUCUACAUACCUUUCCAACGGAUGGCAGUCCUAAUCUAUCAUUGACCAGUCACAAGAGCAUUCCACCCGAUAUGGAUAAGAAGCAUAGCUGUAAUUCACCGAUGCUGAAAACGCUUCUGGAACCCGCGCCGCGUUCCCGAUCCAGCGACAAUUUGGAGAAAUUUUCUCCCCUCGUUGGCAGAAGAUCUCAAGGGGAUUCUCCGCUGACCGCGUCGCCGCUUGCCCGAAGAAAUACAACGGACAGUGCUCAAAUGCACGAGAGAUCCAAGAGCGAAGGGAAGGAGACUUGCAGCAACAUCAAUCCGAAUGAUACGGGCGAGGAGUCAUCUGGCAUGAGUCCACGUGGCUCGCAUGAGAUUGACGAUAGCUUCGGAACGGACCAGGAGAAUCGUAAAAGUGUCACGAAGAAAUCCCCGGCCGAUGCCGACAAGUCGAUGUCCGUUAAACUACGGUCAACCGGUCACGAUUUGAGAAGCCCCAUCAACGGUAACAGCGGAGGUGGCGGUACCAAGGCUACCUCCGAUUCGGCCAAAUCGCCGAUCUUGAAACCGUUGGUGAAGAGUAGCGGAUCUACGAGCGAUGGGAAGAGCAACGGCGCGCUUCUGAAGAAUAAGCCAGCCCCACCGGCGACCGCGCCUAAACCGCGACCUUGGAGUAUGGCCACCGAUCGGAAAUCCGGAGAAUUUAGUCUAUUAAGCGACGGUUCCAGUCCAAACACCUCUGCCGGCAACACCCCCGACUCCGGCGACGCUCUCGACGAGUCGACCGAUAGCGGCGUUAGCGGGCCGGCUUCCUUGCCGCCAACGUUGUCGGCAAGCAGCACCGCGAGCUCGUUGAGUAACACGAGCGUCGAGAAGAGAUCGGUGAGGGAAUUGGCGGCGAGCUUGAACAAGAGCAAAGCGGACAAGAAGGAAAACGAGCAUACCGCACCUACAGCAUGGCGGUCGCUGCUUCAACGUUCUGCCGACCGAGCAGAUGCCAAGGUAACGGAAGUGCCGAAAAUGGUUGAGGAUACUCGUCUCAGCUUUAAACUUCGUCGCACGUCAUUUUUGCGCGAUUCAAAUUUCAACUACAACAACAACGAUGUGGUCGACGUUUGAUUGCGCUCUGAGUGUUAUGCUGUUAAAAGAAGUAUGCUGACAUCAAUAUCUGGCACACGAAGUCAACUUUUCGUCUUUCGUGCCAUAGAGGAGAUCUUAAAUUGUGUACAUAAGUAUAUAUAUAUAUAUAUAUAUAUAUAUAUAUAUAUAUAUAUAUAUAUAUAAUAUAUAAAUAUAUAUAUUGAGCGAUUUUAACUUUAGAGACAGGGUACUGAAAGUUUUUACAGCGACUAAAAGUACUAAUCUUGCUGUGUUAAGGUGUGGCAUUAGAGAAUCUAUUAUACUAGUUUUAUAUAACAUUGCGUUUUUACGCAGCUUUAUAUUUCGAUAUUAGUCGUACUCACGUAUUAUUAUCUAUAUACAUUUCAUGUGUGAUUUUAAUUAUUUUCAAUUGCGUCUCGUGCAUUUUUUUAUUAAGAUAUUGACAGUCUUCGGUCGAAGUAAACGUCAUUCCUCAGUCAGAUUCUUAGCGAUGAGAUGCAAUAAGUUAUUAUUACGAAGGUAUUAGCGAAAAGGUGUUUGUAUUCGUUUUCAAUGUGUAUAUAUUUAUAUAUUGUUUGUCUAUGCAUUUUUUGACAGCGCGAUAAUGUCUAGAAUAGACGAAGCCACAUCACACAGUCUUAGCGAAAGAUAGGCUGAAUCUGAAUGAAGAUAUAUAGAGAAUCGUUGCAAGUAGCGGCAACUAAAAACCAGCACAACGCGUUGCGUGAAAAAGCGUAGGUGUCUUCCAAGAGAUCGUGUUUAACAAGCCGUAAUUAAUUAUAUUUCUGUUUACAAGAGAAAGAGAGCGAAGGAGAGGAUAAUUGUUUAUUUUGAUUCAUAUACAUCAUCAAUUUUUCUCGUCAUGCGCGACAUGUCUUUAAUCUGUGAUUAAUUUGUAUAAAUAUUUGCGCGAGAUAUUCAGUCCAAUCGAAGUUCCUAUCAUACAGUAUAAUACGUUUUCUAUAAAUAUCUAUAAAAAGAAUUAAUAUUAAUUAAGAUUCCUGGAUCCUCGUCGCAACCAUGUUAGAUUGUGACGUCAGAUGCAAGAAAGCGUUUGCUGAAAAUUCUUAG